CAGCGCGCGUGACACCCUGAACUCUGGGACUUCCUACGGAACACGGUGCUGCUCGUACUAAAUUAAAGUAUGUGAAUUAACGAGUGUUUUUAAUGAUAGGGCUCGGAUUUGGGCAGACAUGCCAUCCAAUAAAAGUGUGUCAGAUGCCCCGAUCACACAGUUUGUGAACUGCAGGAUCCUGAAGAACCACAAACUGCAAUGGGAAGACCUGUGGGUUCGAGAGGGCAAGAUUUUAAACCCAGAGAAGCUGUUCUUCGAUGAACAGGGUUUUGCGGAUCACAGAGUGGACUGCGAGAAUAAUAUCAUUGCACCUGGAUUCAUAGAUGUGCAACUAAAUGGUGGAUAUGGCAUUGACUUCUCGCAGGCCAGCAGUGAUGUCAGAGGGGGCGUGGCUCUGGUGGCUAAAAAGAUUCUAGAACAUGGUGUCACUUCCUUCUGCCCCACCCUCGUCACAUCUCCACCACACAUUUACCAUAAGGUAAUUCCUGAGCUCAGAGUUCAGGAUGGAGGACCUGAAGGUGCAGGAGUUUUAGGAAUUCAUCUGGAGGGUCCGUUCAUCAGUGAAGAGAAGCGAGGCGCUCACCCUCCAAAGUUCCUGCGCACCUUUCAGUCCGGCGUCAUGGCAGACCUGAUGGAGACCUACGGCCAGCUGGAAAAUGUGGCAAUGGUGACACUGGCACCCGAACUGGCCAAUAGUGCAGCUGCAAUCCAUGAGCUGACCAGCAGGGGCAUAGCAGUGUCAGUGGGACACUCAAUGGCUGAUCUCUCUCAGGCUGAGGAGGCUGUGCAGAACGGAGCCACAUUCAUUACACACUUAUUUAACGCCAUGUUGCCUUUUCAUCACAGAGACCCAGGCAUUGUGGGAUUGCUGACAAGUGAUCGUAUUCCUCCAGGUCGGACGGUUUACUACGGCAUGAUCGCAGACGGGAUUCACACUCACCCCGCAGCUCUGCGCAUCGCACACAGAGCUCAUCCCGCAGGGUUGGUGUUGGUCACUGACGCUGUAACAGCGAUGGGUCUUCCUCCUGGUCGACACACACUCGGACAGCAGCAGAUUGACAUCCAGGGGCUUCACGCUUACGUCGCAGGCACUACAACUUUGAGUGGCAGCAUCGCAACCAUGGACAUGUGUGUGAGACACUUCAGAGAGGCAUCAGGCUGUACUAUAGAAGCUGCAUUAGAGGCCGCAUCUCUGCAUCCGGCUCAGCUACUGGGCAUCAGCCACAGGAAAGGGACGCUGGAGUACGGUGCAGAUGCAGAUUUUAUAGUACUCGAUGACACGCUGACAGUCAGAGAAACCUACAUUGCUGGACAGCAAGUCUGGAGGAAGUGACAUCAUCUGCCGGACUCUCUUCUGGGACGGUUAGAGUUUUUACUCUCUUUGGACCCUAUUCUUUAUCAGUGGAUUUAAAUUAGUUGAUUAAUGUCUAAAUAUAAAAAGUACUACAUUUAUACGCACACUCUUGACACUCAUGUACUGUACUGUUGCCAAAUGCAUCUUGGGGUAUAAAAAAGCCAGAUUUGUUCAGUUUUCCAUGUAUUUUAAGUAAUAACUUAUUCAAAUGUGAAAACCACAGGUAAAAUAAUCUCAAGGGGUCCAGUUCUGUCAAUAAUAAUAAUAAUAACCUACGCAUUUGUAUGCUCCCAAUUUCAUGUGAAGCUGGACACUUUAACCAUUUGAUUUCAGCAAUGUCUAUAUCUGUUCAUUUCAUGUUGUCAACAUUUAUAUUGUAUUUUAUUCUCAGUUUAAUAAAUAGUUCAUUAUGGUAAA